AUGCCAGACGGCUAUCGGCUGAGGCACUGCAAGUUGCAGAAAAACGAAGAAAACCAAAAAUCAGCAGUGUUUAAAUGCAAAGAAGUUGAAGAUAAUAACAGAAUGGAGAAGACAAGGGAGCUCUACAACAAAAUUAGAGACAUCGAAGGAAAUUCCUGGCGAAAAUCGGAAUAUGAUGAAGUUAAUGUUCUUUUAGAACUAGAGCCAGAUAUUUUGGAGAGUGAAGUCAAAUGGGCUCUUGAAAAUAACGUCGAAAAGAAAACUAGUGGAUAUGAUGGAAUUCCAGCAGAAUUGUCCAAAGUUAUUGGAAAGCAUGGAGUGAAAAUGCUGCAUUCAAUAUGCCAGAAAAUAUGGAGCACGUAA